AUGAUUCCGAAAGGUCAAAGACUCAAUAGUGUUGAAGCAUACGAUACGCAAACAAAUAAAUGGAUAUCAGUUUCAUCAAUGAAUUUAAAACGAKAUUUAUUUGGUUCAGCUGUAGUUAAUAACACUAUUUAUGUUUGCGGUGGAUAUAAUGAUAAUGUAGUUAAAUCAUGUGAAUAUUAUACGGCAAAUACAGAUGAAUGGCAUUUUACGACAGCUAUGAGUAUUGAAAGAUCCGAUUUUGAAUUGGUAUCAAAUGAAGGGCUAUUAUAUGCUAUCGGAGGUUAUAAUAGCAAUGGAUCAAUGAAUUCAAUGGAAAGAUUUGAUAUAAAAACUAGAAAAUGGACGACAAAAGCAAAUAUGACAACAAAAAGAAAUGAUUUUGGUUCGGCAUCAUUUAUGGGUAAAAUAUAUGUUUGCGGCGGUUUGGGUACUAGUGAUGGAAAAUCAUGCGAAACAUAUGAUCCGCAGACAAACCAAUGGACACCAAUUGCAUCAAUGAAUGAUAAUCGUUAUUAUUUUAAAUUGAUUGCAUUAAAUGACAAUUUAUAUGCUUUGGGUGGAAACAUAGACGGAAAAGUUACAGAUGCGGUUGAAAUAUAUGAUUAUUAUUCAGAUAAAUGGUUUUAUACGACAUCAUUGCCGAAUAAACUUGRUGAUUUUGGGGUAUAA